AUGCAACGCCUGCCUCCCGAGCAUUUCAGCGUCCCCCAUCCUGAUCAAACGGGAGAUGCCAAAAAUGCCCGUGGAACAGACGUCACUUUGGCAUCUGUCACGGAACUCAAAAUCCUCAGUUCGAUUACCGCUAUGGAAGAGGCUUCCGAUUCAGAAAUUCUCUCGGACCGACGAGAAAGUUCUUCUCUUCAAUUGCGGCCAGUUGUCGUUGUCUUAUCCAAGUUUUUGCUGCAAAAUGAAUCGGAUUUACCUCCUUCAAUGACUUCUUCCGUCACCGAAAGUUCUUCUGUACCAUUGAUCGAUUUGGAUUCCAAACCGCCCGUUUCUCCUGCAUCAUCCAAAUCGUCGAAGAAACACAAAAAGAAGAAGAAAAAGAAAGAGAAAGAAAAAGAAAAGCACAAAGAGAAGAAGAAGGAGAAGGAAAAAGAAAAGGUGAAAGAAAAAGAAACGGAGAAGAAGCAAGAAAAAGUGAAGGAGAAAGAACAAGAAAAGGUGAAGGAAAAAGAGGAGAAAGAAGAGGAGAAGGAAAAAGAAAAGGAGAAGGAGAAAGAAAAGGAGAAGUUGAAGGAAAAAGAAAAGGAGAAGGAGAAAGAAAAGGAGAAGGAGAAAGAAAAGGAGAAGUUGAAGGAAAAAGAAAAGGAGACGGAGAAAGAACAAGAAAAGGUGAAAGAAGAAGCAAAUGUGAAUGAAAACGAAGAGGAGAAGGAAAAACGAAAGGAGGAGAAAAAAGCGGAAAAGGAGAAGAAAUCCAAGGAGAAACCCGCCUUGGACGACUUCACCUUCAGCUUCGACAAAAUCAGCGGUCCCGAAAAGAAGCCGGACGAAGACAAACCCAAACCUAGUCAAACCCAACGUCAGUCACCCGUGCCAGAAGUCAAACCCUCGCCCGAAGAACUCGAGAAGCAUCUUCGCAAACGUUACGGUUGCACGAAGGCAAUCCGAGUCAUGAUCGAUAAAUUAACCCCGGAAAAGAUCGCCAAAUAUCGUCGGUUCCUCCGGAAACGCGCUGAAGAACGACGUGCCAGGAAGGUCGCCAUGAUCAAGGAGCGAAUGGAACGUAAACUCAAGCUCUUGAAGAAGCGUCGAGCAUUUGACGACUCGAGCGACGAGGAAUCUACGAAAUCCGACGUGACCCGCGUGAAAAGACCAAGACUCGAUUCCGACAGCGACGAAGAAGCCAAAUCUGAGAAAUCCCAGUCGAAACCCAGCAAGAUACCCAAACUGGAUCGUGUAAAGAAGCAGAAAGACGGCGACGAGACUGAAGAUUCGGAUGAUGAUGAAGCCUUGGUCUCCAAAUACGGUUCAGUCUCGCAGAAGGUUUCCUCUCUCCCGCAAAUUCCGAAAGCGAAAGAAAUCGAAUCAAAGCCUGCAGUCGAAGUGGUCGUCCCUAUAGCUUCAACUUCAACAGCUGUGGUGGAAAAGAAGAUUGAAGUUCCUGUUCCCGCUAAAGACGAACUUUCCGAGCAAACCAAGAGAAAACUGGCGGAGCUCCUCCAGAAACAGGCCGGCAGAAUGAUAGAAAAAGACCCGUUUCUUGCACGAACCUGUGCAAGUGCUAUGAAUUCUCAUCUUGAAUCAUUUAAAGACCAACCGGAAGACUGGCUGGAUAAUUUCCGCAAAAACUUCUUAUCUAAAGUUAUGCCGGAGGCUGUUGCACAACCAAGGAGGUUACCAAACUACAUACCCAAGAAUGUGGAAGAACAACAGGAUAUCAAAAGUCGAGAUUGGGACGAUGUGAAGAAACUGGAGAAUGAAAUCGAUAGAUACAAUUACGUGAAAGAGAAGUGGAAGGCCCGAGAAAUCCCAAAUGCCAACAUUUGUCGAUCCUUCGUGUCUCCACACAAUCGGGCCGCAUAUUCGGGUCCGAAGAAGCAGAUUUUCAAGCCUCGGGCCGCCGCCCCGGGGAUUGCCGUGACCCUGGGGAAAUGUCGGGACGGGGACUGCAACAACCCGACUGGGUCCAAACCCAGGUUGCUGAAGGAAGUCGCACCCACGUGGCAUUUUGAGUUCUUUUGGACGCCGCUCGACCGAGAAGCGAAUGUCAUCCGAAGGAAGUUGUUUCUCGAGAUGAAAGAAGCGAAAGAUGUUCUGACUGCAGAGAAGGCGGAGAAAAUGAGAUCGGCUGCGAAUUUCCUGAAAAAGUCGAAGAUUCAGAAGGAGUAUGAGAAGAAGUUUGAGGAUCUGCAAACAAAGAUGAGGCAACAAGUGGAAUCGCAUCCCCACAUGCAAAAAAUGAAAAAUCUGUAUGAAAGAUUUUCUUUUGCGCAUCAAGAAGGAUUAGAGUGGGAGAAGACGUACAGCGACUUGCCUGGGGCAAAUUUUGUCAACAUGAACUUGGAGUUGCCAAAAUUUUUGAACUUGGAGCGGUAUCAUCGGUUGGCAGUGGAUUUUGACAAAUUUUACAAUGGUGCCGUACCUGAUGAUCAGAAAAAAGAUCUCAUAAUUGAUUAUAAACGAUAGCGAACUCGUUUCACUAUUUUUUUUUUUUGAGUGUUGCGUCAUUAGUUGGGUGUCGGUGCCCAAUGGAUGCGCAUGUGCUUCUGACCAUUUGAAGAUCAACUGUUGAGUUGUAAAAAGAAAAUUUUGAGGUUUCUGAUUCAGGGGAACCGGAUGAUCCCUGGAUACUAAGUGGUUAUCCCUGGCUCAAGUAUGGGACUCUCCCUAUGAGAUAGGUUUCCAAGUCUUAAUAUGUGGAAGUGGGAAGGUUUUCUCUUUCCCAUUUCAUUUGCAAAAUUCACCCCUGUACCAGGUGCAUCUUUUUUCCAGGAAGUGAGAAGAAAUAGGAGUGUGUGUCAUAAUCUUAGAGUAGCAUGACAUAAAUUUUACUUGAUUCCCUGCAUAACAGAAUACCCACACACAAAAAUAUCUGCAUAAAAUAAGUUCUUAUGGGGAAAAUAUGACUCAAAGAACAAAGUUGUUCUACAUGACUAUCUUUUGGUUGAGAAUGCUCAAAUUUUAUGAAGUUUUAAACUGGAACUUUGCAAUUUUCCCAAAACAUGUACAUCUUCUUGUCUUACAAAUUGUACAAUUCAGAAACAUUGGAGCAAGAAGUUGCAAUGGUUACUUCAAUUCCAUGCUGAUCAACUUUUGUGUUCUGAAAACUUGGAAAAGGAUGACUACUUUUAGUGUAACUGUUGAACAUAACUGUGAAUCAAAGAAUCUUUGAAAUCCAAGCAUUGCCUGUUAAGUUGGUGAAUGCAAGAAAAUCUUGUUACAACAAAGUCAUUGGGACCAGUGAAAGAAUUUUGUAUUGCAAAGUUAAAUAAACUAGCUCAUUUAACAUUGUGGCUAUUGAGCAGUGACUAAGAAUGACUUUGCUGUGAGCAAUUACAGGUGGACUCUCUCUGAAACAAACAAGUCUACAACAAUUUUCACUGCGUAUAACAAAAUGUUUUGGUUCUCUGCAAUGGUGUUCCCCAACCUUUUUGGGUCAGCAGACAAGGAAUUUUCAAAAAUAAUUUUGCAGACCAGCAAAUUUCCAAAAAAAAUGUUCUGUGGCUGAGCAAAGUUUCAUAAAAUGUUCAGAAUCAAAAGUUCUGCUUGAAAAACUAUGGCAUGGCAGGUAUUUCAAAAGUUUUCUCUUCUUUGCAAAUAUUGAGAACCAAUAAAGCAGCUAUACAGUGGAAUGUCUUUAAAAUUUAGGAAGGUGGGCUUGAAGAAGUGUUUUUUUUGGAAUACAAAAUAUGAAAUGGAUUAUUUCAGUAGUUGACAAUAUGUCUGAAGUAUUUGUUUAGGAUGAAAGCUAACUUAUACCUCUUCAUCAGAUAAUUUCAACUGCCAUUUUCUUUCCAACAUUUGAGAUACAAAUAAGAGUUUAUUGUCACUUUUGUUAUUCAGUGGAAAAUUUUCUGCAGACCAGCAACAAACUUCUGCAGAUCUGGGCUGGUCCAAGGACCACAGGUUGGGGAACACUGCUCUACAUCAAUUUUUUAUGACCCCUUGAGUUUUGUUGUAGAGAGAGUUCCCCUGUAUUUGUUAUAAUUAUAUUUGUUUUAACAAGAUUCUACAAUAUAUAUCAUGUUAACUCAAAUACUGCUCAAUCUUGAUCACAUUAUGCGCUUGGAUUCAUUUGCCUAAAAUUUGAUUAAAAGCCGGUUGGAAAGUAAGUUCAGAAUUGUAAUUUUUACUUGAACUCAAAUUGAAUUACUAC